AUUGCAUUUGCAUGUAAUUAAUGAUGGCUUUUCUUAAUACUCUGCUUAUCAUUUUCCUUUUCCUCUUCCGUACAGGUUCGUUAUCAGUUACUGAUAGCAUCACUUCAUUAAACUCAGCUUUAAGCGAUGACAUUACUUUGGUGUCUAAAGGAGGAAACUUUGAGCUUGGUUUCUUCAGUCCAAGUGCUUCGCAGAAUCGUUAUCUAGGAAUUUGGUACAAGAACAUCCCAGUUCGAACAGUCGUUUGGGUAGCAAACGGAUGCAGCCCCAUCAACGGUUCAUCUGGCUUGCUAGCCAUAAACGACACAGGACAUCUCACGCUUUUGGAUCAGCAUAAGAACGUUGUUUGGACGACGAUGAGUUUAAUCAAACAAGCCAGGAAACCGAUGGUAGAGCUCCUUGAUUCUGGUAAUCUUGUUGUGAGAGAGGUGGAAGACACAAACCCAGAAAAUUAUUUAUGGCAAAGCUUUGACUAUCCUUCAGAUGCAUUAUUACCGGGCAUGAAAUUGGGAUGGGACUUGAGGACCGGUCUGAACCGGCGUAUAUCGUCAUGGAAGACAUGGGAUGAUCCCUGCCCUGCAAAUUUCUCUUGGGGAGUUGAGUUUUAUAAGAACCAUGAUGUGUUCCCAGAUACAAAUCUUCGGAAAGGGAGCGUGAUUUAUUCUCGAUCGGGGCCAUGGAUUGGUGUUAAAUACAGUGGUGCUCCUGCUUUAAAGCCUAACCCAAUUUACAACUUCACAUUCAUAAACAACGACGAUGAAGUUUAUUACACUUUUGAUCUCAAGAAUAAGUCAGUGGUCUCUAGAAUUGUCGUAAAUGAGACGACUAGUACCUGGGAACGAAAGAUGUGGAGUGAACGCGAGCAAAGAUGGGUGACAUACUUUACUAAUCCUUCUGAUCGUUGUGAUUUCUACGAUGUUUGUGGAGUCAAUGGCAACUGUGUCAUAUCUAGUAGUCCAAUAUGCCAAUGCCUAAAGGGCUUUAGACCCAAGUCUCAACAACAAUGGGACUCUGCAGAUUGGUCCCAAGGAUGUGUAAGAAAAGUUCCACUAAGCUGCAUGAAUAAACAUAAGGAUGGGUUUUUCAAACUGUCUGGGCUGAAAUUACCAGAUACUAAACGCUCAUGGGUGAAAAAAGAUAUGAACUUAAAGGAUUGCAGGGCUACAUGCCUGAACAACUGCUCUUGCAUGGCUUACUCAAACACAGAUAUCAGAGAACAAGGCAGUGGUUGUGCUAUCUGGUUUGACAAUUUAAUGGAUAUUAGGCAAAUCGCAGGAGGUGGUGGAUUAGAUCUCUAUAUUCGUAUGCCAGAGUCGGAGCUAGGACGUGAUGACCGAAAGGUGAAGAUAGUAGUCAUAGUUGUGAUUGGAGGUAUGUCUGUGAUGAUCUUUCUUGGCUAUUACUUUUACCGGAGGGACGUAAAAGACAAAACAUAUAUAAAUAAAAGAAUAACUGAUCGUAAUGGAAGCCAAGAAGAAGAGUUGGAGCUUCCAUUGUUCGAUCUAUCUACCAUUAAUGUUGCAACUGAUUACUUCUCAGCGAGCAAUAAGCUUGGAGAAGGAGGUUUUGGUCCUGUUUACUUAGGUAAGUUAGACGAUGGACAAGAAAUUGCUGUGAAGAGGUUGUCAAUGAGUUCAGGACAAGGCUUAAAUGAGUUAAAAAAUGAAGUAAAGCUAAUCGCGCAGCUUCAACAUCGAAAUCUUGUAAAACUUCUUGGUUGUUGCGUUCAGGGAGAUGACAACAUGCUAGUUUAUGAAUACAUGCCCAACACAAGUCUAGACUUCUUCAUUUUCGAUAAAAAGCAAGGAAAACUACUAGAAUGGUCAAAGCGCUUUCAAAUUAUUUGCGGAAUUGCUAAGGGGCUUGUUUAUCUUCAUGAAGAUUCAAGACUAAGAAUAAUACAUAGAGAUCUCAAAGCUAGUAAUAUUUUACUUGACAAGGAGAUGAAUCCUAAGAUUUCUGAUUUUGGCUUGGCUAGAAUUUUUGGAGGAGAUCAAAUAGAAGAUAGGACAAACAGAGUGAUUGGAACCUUCGGUUAUAUGGCGCCUGAAUAUAUUUCCGACGGAGUAUUUUCUACAAAAUCAGAUGUGUUUAGCUUUGGUGUACUCAUGCUAGAAAUAAUAAGCGGAAAGAAAACACGAGGUUUUCAUGAUGAAAAUCAAGGUUUGACGCUCAUUGGACAUAAUAAUUUUAUAUAUUUUCAGGCGUGGACAUUGUUCAAAGAAGGCAGGCCGUUUGAAUUGAUUGAUAAUUACGUAAUAUCUUCUUAUGAAAAUUUACAAAAAGUGUUACGUUGUAUCAAUAUCAGUCUUCUAUGCGUGCAACAAAGUCAUGUGGAUAGACCAGCCAUGUCUUCUGUUGUUUUGAUGUUGGGUAGCCAUAAUGAGCUACCUCAGCCCAAUUUACCAGGGUAUUUAAUGGAUAUAGAUUUGACAAUAAAAGAUCAUUCGGGUACCAAGCCUGAUUCGUCUUCCAUAAACGGCAUGAGCAUAACAGUGCUUGAAGCUCGAUGAGCCCUAACGUUGAAUCAUAUAGCAUAAAUCUUGCUACAUAUAAUGUACACAUUGAUAGAUAAAGUUCAUGGCAUCUACUAUAUUUUUUUUUGUUUCCGUUUCUCUUUUCUCUUUAAUACAAUGUAUCACGUGAGUUUCUUUCUCACAUGUGGUCACUACAUUGGAUAAUAAAUCAAA